GUGAGACAAAGGGAGUAGUAGAUCAUUGACCUCCUAUGGACUGCCGGCUCUGGUCUCUGGUGCAUACUCGCUCGCUGCGGAAGAACCUCAGUGAGAGCAUCAGGAAUUAGCGUCUCCGUCUCCUAUUCCUUCCACCCGAAAUCCUCCUCCUCCCAAAUUUCCAAUCCAAGGAAUCAUGCCACGCUGCUCCCAGCCGCUGCCGUGCCGCUUCUUCUGCUGCGCCGCCACAUCCGCCGCCGCCGGCACCAAGAAGAAGAACGUCGUCUUCCUGGGAUCUCCCCAGGUACCACCUUCCGCAAGCUCCCAAAAUAAGUUAUCUGCCUCGGUCCUGGAGACGUUGUUGUCCGCGUCCAGCUCCACCGACUCCGCAUUCCAGGUCGCUGCCGUCGUGACGCGGCCGCCGGCCACCAAGAACAGGGGGAGGAAGCCGAUGCCGUCGGCCGUCGCGCAGUUCGCGCUCGACCGAGGGUUCCCUGGCGACCUCAUCUUCACCCCCGAGCGCGCUGGGGAGGAGUCCUUUCUGUCUGACUUGAAGGAAGUGAGACCAGAACUUUGCAUCACUGCUGCUUACGGCAACGUUUUGCCACAGAGGUUUCUUGAUAUCCCACCAUGUGGUACCGUUAAUAUAUACCCAAGUUUGUUGCCUCUAUAUCGAGGUGCAGCUCCUGUGCAGCGGGCAUUACUGGAUGGCGUUGCAGAAACAGGUGUUUCCCUUGCAUAUACUGUCCGUGCCUUGGACGCAGGUCCAGUGAUUGCUUCCGAAAAGUUUCCUGUUGAUGACUGCAUCAAGGCACUAGAUCUGCUUGAUAUAUUAUUCAAUAUAGGAUCCAAGCUACUGCUGGAUGAACUACUAUCUGUUCUUGAUGGUUCAGCUAAGCAAAAGGCAAAGCCACAGGAUGACUCCAAAGCUACACUGGCGCCCAAGAUGAAUUUGGACGAGUCCUGGUUGACUUUUGACGAGGAAGCUAAAGUUCUACAUAACAAGGUGCGGGCAUUUGCAGGAUGGCCAAGAACCCGUGCAAAAUUGCAACUCAUGAACCAAAAUGGCGAACCCGAUGUUCUAGACAUUAAGGUUAUCAGUACAAAGGUUUCCACAUCCUGUAACAAAAUUGGAGAUGAAAACCAAAUACUAUUUUCGGGGAACUCACUGCUUGUUCCUUGCAGUGGGUCAACUUGGCUCGAGGUCAUGGAGCUUCAGCUACCUGGAAAGAAGGUAACUACUGCUCGCAACUUCUGGAAUGGUUUGCGUGGUCAGAAGCUGUUAAAAUCAACAUAGAGAGAAAUCUGCAUUCAUUUUGCAGCACAUGUGCAAAGGAUGCAAGUGCCAAGACACUUGACGCAUGCCAUGCUCGGUUUAGAACUUUAGAUACAUCUUGCAGGGUUAAAGGUUUGUUGACACUUGACACAUGUAUCCUUGGAGAAAUUUGCGGGGGAGGAUAUAGAUGGUCUCAAUUUUCGGGUUUGUAAAGAAAAUUAUUUCCAAAUUUUGUGCCACUCCCACUCUUUUUUUUUUUUUUUUUUUGACAAAUCAGGAGUACAUGUACUUGGGCCUGUUAGGUUUGUGACUAGUUUUGCCACACUUGUAAGGCGCACAAAUUCUUAGCCACGCUUUGGCUUGUCUAAGGGAGGUCUCGCUAGAACCGAACACACCUGACUUGAGGUGUGGCACGGAAUCAAAAAACCCAUUUUCCA